AAACACACUGCUACUCCGCCCACUUUCGGCUUCAGACACGUCAUCAUGACGUAUAAUAGUUCUGCGCUUCUGCAGCUUCACUAGGCUGCUGCCACCUGGUGGUGGUUGGUGAGAAUUAUUACCCACUCACGCAUGCGCAGAAUGCACGCGUCUACUCUACAAAAGUAACAAACUUUUAUCAUCUCUUGAAAAUGUCGUUGUACCGCUUUCCAUAUUUAAAGUUCAUUAUAAAUAUUAAAAACAUUACUGUGAAAUAUACGUUUUUUAAACACAGGAAGAGUCAGUCCCACUGCGAGAGAACGCGCGUCAUCGACGCUACACAUCUGAACGCGGCGCGUUACCCAAAGACGAAGAUGAGAAGGGACGAGGGGUCAAGCGUCCAAGUGAGUCAUCAAAUCCACAACAAAUCAAGAGGGAUCAAAGGUGGGCAGCGUGCUGUCAGCGAUUGUUCUUGUCAUGGAUCGGAGCAGAAUGGAUCUUUCUCAUCUUAUUGGGAAUUUUUCUUGCACUCCUAAGUUUUUUCAUGGAUAUCUUCAUCUUCCUCUUCACAGAUGCACACAGGUUUCUCUAUCAUGCUUCGGAUAGUAAUGUGAUGUUGCAGUAUUUGUCGUGGGUCGUAUUUCCUUUACUUCUCAUGCUUUUUGCGGCAGGAUUCACACAGUUGUUUGCACCUCAAGCUGCUGGGUCUGGUAUUCCUGAAAUUAAGACGAUCUUAAGAGGUGUGAUGUUAAAAGAAUAUCUAACAUUUAAAACAUUAAUGACCAAAGUCAUCAGUCUGGUCUGUGUCCUGGGAAGUGAAUUGCCUGUAGGGAAAGAGGGUCCGUUCGUGCACUUCGGUGCUAUAUGUGCUGCUGUUGUUUGUAAAUUCAUGUCUUUCUUCAGUGAUAUUUAUAAGAAUGAGGCCCGAAACCUGGAGAUGCUCACUGCUGGUUGUGCGGUCGGGAUCGGUUGCUGCUUCGCUGCUCCUCUUGGAGGUGUGUUGUUCAGUGUUGAGGUCACCUCAAUGUUUUUUGUGGUAAGAAACUACUGGCGAGGGAUGAUGUCUGCAACGUUCGGUAUCCUUAUCUUCAGACUGCUGGUGGUGUGGAAGAAAGAAGAAGAGACUAUCAUGGCUCUUUUUCCAACGACCUUCAGGCUUGAUCAUCCAUUUGACCUGCAGGAGCUUCCAGUCUUCAUCGCUAUGGGAAUAGUUUGUGGGUUUGGUGGAGCUCUCUUUGUCUAUUUGAAUGGACAGAUUACUCGAUUUGUGAAGAAACAGAAAGCGAUGAACAACUUCCUUAUAUCAAACUGUUUCGUUUACUCUGGUCUGGUGUCAGUGUUUAUAUCAACACUUACGUUCCCUCCGGGCUUUGGCCAAUUCAUGGCUGGACAGCUUACACAAAAGGACUCCUUGAUUUCAUUUUUUGACAAUCGCACCUGGUCAAGAGAUGGGAUUGUAGAAGACUUUGAUCAAGACGAUCAUUUAUUUGCCUGGAAACAUCCACAGGCCAAUGUCUUUGUAGUCCUGUCUGUGUUUGUCUUCAUGAAGUUCUGGAUGUCAGCUCUCUCCAUAACACUUCCUAUACCAUGCGGUUCAUUUGUACCCGUGUUUGUUAUCGGUGCUGCAUUCGGACGUUUGGUUGGUGAAGGUAUGGCCACUUUAUUUCCGGAUGGCAUUGAAACAGAUGAAGUGUAUCACCCUGUCGUCCCUGGAGCUUACGCUGUCGUGGCCGCAGCAGCGUUGACGGCAGGAAUCACUCAUACGAUCUCCACCGCGGUCAUCAUGAUUGAGUUAACAGGACAGAUCAGAUACGGUCUGCCCAUCCUCACCGCUGUCAUUAUCUCCAACAUCAUCGCACAGAAUCUUCAGCCGUCCAUCUACGACUCCAUCAUCCGCAUUAAAAAACUGCCGUACCUGCCUGAGAUGGGCUGGGGUCACCAAGACAAGUAUAAUAUCCAUGUGGAGGACUUCAUGGUGAGAGAUGUUCAAUAUAUCAGUCUGAAGUCCACCUACAAAGAUCUGCUCAAGAUCCUCCGCAUGACAAAGCUCAAGAAGCUGCCGCUGGUGAAGUCUGCAGAGUCGAUGAUCUUGUUGGGAUCUGUUGAGCGUGCUCAGUUAUGUUCGCUCAUAAAGCAGCGUGUGCAGGAGCUGCGAGAGCGUGUCGAGGGACGAUAUGAAGUUCACUUCCAGAGGUCUACAGCUGAAUCCUCUGCUGCUUCUGCUGAUCCUGUUUCUCCUAAAACAGCACUGAGGAGAUCAUCUGACACUGAGGAAACAACAGAUACGCCAACAAAGUCCAGCAGCAUCUUGAAGAAUCUGUUGUUUGGUGAUGCUCAGGCGGUCAUGAUAGAGGAUGACGGGGAUGAAGAUGGUGAAAGGAUACUUCGAGAGAUUAAGGAGUGGGAGGAGCAACAGCUUGACGAGCAGGUGAACUUCAAUAACUGUAAGAUUGACCCCGCCCCCUUCCAGCUGGUGGAGAGAACCUCACUACACAAGACACACACCAUGUUCUCUGUGCUGAGUCUGAAUCACGCAUACGUCACCAGUAUCGGACGACUUAUUGGGGUUGUUUCACUGAGAGAGAUGCGUAAAGCGAUCGAAGGCUCAUUAACAGACGAGGGCUUGAAGUUGCGUCCUGUACUGAUCAGUUUUCAGGAUUAUGGGACGGGCGCUAACAACUUCAUUACAGAGAAAACUAAAGUCCAAAAACUGCUGGAUCCUGACGUCAACCUGACACAGCAACCAAACACCUCAGAUCAAUGAUGUCACUCACACAUGAGAUUAUGAGGUCUUAAAGCUCCACCCCUUUUUUGUUUGUUUUAUUCUGAGGGGAGGAAUAAAAAGUUGAGAUUGAUAUCCUGAGUUUAAAUCCACUUGUGUGUUAAAGUAUACUUGAGCCGUCUCUCACAGAGAAUACAGUACAUUUUUUUUCUUUUUCAGAAUUACUUCAGAAGGUUUUGGUAGUUGUUUAUGUAAGGAAAAAAAUGGUGGUAAUGCAAUGCUUAAGAGAAUGCGCUUACAUCGCGAUUGUGCAUUAUUUUUGAAUAAUUCAAAGGACAAUUAUUCCUCUUAUACCACGAUUACCACAAACGUUUAUAUGGUGGUAAUUUAAAGACAUUUGACACGUCAGGUGUGCGUAUUACAGAAAAAUAAUUAACACCCAUGAAACAUUUCUCAACCAAUCAGAAUAAAGCAUUCAACAGGCCCGUAAAUGUGGUCAAUGUGUGACAGUGAUUUGAUAUAAUUCGAAAUAUUCAUCUUUGGAAACUUGCACACACUAAGAUUAAUUUUAAACCCACCCCAUACAGCAAAAAAAUAUAUUUUCUAAUAUAAUUUUAAAUAUAUUUAAAAAUAUUCCAAAAAUACAAAAAAAUGAAAUACAUUUUUAAAUAUAUAUUUUGAAGAAAUUUAUUUUUCACCAAUAUAUUUUUUGGCAAUUCCUUAAUGUAUUUUAAGAAUAAAUAUAUUUUAACGAAUUUAUUUUAACAUCACAUUGACAGAAAAACUUUCUGUAAACAUAACAUUAAAUUUAAACUGCUCGACUGCAAAAAUAAACUUAUUUUUUAUACAUACGCAUACAUUUUUUACAAACUUUUAUAUUUUGUCAAUGAAAAAUAUAUUUUUGCCAUAUUGAAAAAAUAGAAAUUUAUUUGUUGCGCCUGAAAUACAUUUUGAAAUAUAUUCAUACAUGAAAGUUAAAAACUUAAUAUAUUUACAAAUUCAAAAAUAUAUUUAAAAAGCUUUAGCCUACUUUCUACAAAAUGUAUUUAGCAUAUAUUUAAAAUAUAUUUUUGGCCAGAGAAAUUUAUUUUUUUGCUGUAUGGGACACAAUAGCAUUCCUCUUAUUCAAAUAUAAACAUGUUGAUGUGGAUGUAAAACUCUUUAAUAACCACUAAUGUUUUAGAUGUUGAGAAAUCGAAACAUUGAUGUUUCCUGUCCACGGUUUUCUAGUGAAGUUCAUUUUCAUGACUUUCUCUUUAGUGAAUAAGCAAAAAGAAACUCUUCACAGUAAUGUAGUUUCAUAUCCUUUUAGGGUUUUUUUGCUUUACGUCACUGUAAAAAUUAAAGUAAAAACCACCUGAAUUGUUGACAUAACUUAUAAAAUCAAGUAGAAAUUGUUUAACUUAAUUUUUUAGUUAAAGUAACAUACAAAUUGAUGUUGAUUUGACAAAAAUGCUGCAUAUUUUUACAAUGUGUGUUCUUCUUUUGAUUUGGUGCUAACAAACCUCAGACUGAAGGGGGCGAUAGAGUUUCCCUCAAAUGCCAUUAAACCAGAUGUGUUUGUCUUAUUUCAGCUAUUUUAUAUGAUUGGUUAAAACAUUAAAUAAGCAAUAAUGUGUGCAUUUGCCGAAUAGUCAGUUUAUACUGCCAUUUUAUUUUAAAACGUAAAACAAGAUUUUUGUGGCUUUUUGUUAAAUGCUGUAAUGUCUCAAUGAAGUACAUACACAACUGAACGAUAAACUUCAUCUCUUUAUUGUGUUGAUUUAACAAAAAUCUAAAUAUGAUUAUAAUAAAACCUAAAUGCAGGUUAUAUGGACAUCAAACCAAACCAUUUGUGGAGAUAGAGAGAUAAUGGAUUCACAAUAACAAUUGAUUAAUCAUUAAUGAAUGAUAAUAUCUACAGUAUUUCAGGACAACAAUGUGUGUACUGUAAACCGUGUGUGUGUGUGUGUGUGUGUGUGUGUGUGUGUGUGUGUGUGUGUGUGUGUGUGUGUGUGUGUGUGUGUGUGUGUGUGUGUGUGUGUGAUGAGGGUGGCUGAUGUUUUUCUAAAAAUACUACACACAAAAAAAUCAAUUCUUUGAAAAUAAAAGGCCAUGACAUUCACAUAGCCAUCAUCUCAACACUGUGACACACACACACAGUUUUGACCUGUAUGCUUGGUUUAUACUUCACUAGAGGUCAAAGUGUGAUGUCAGAGGUCAAAGUUCAGAGAGAUCAAAGCCUCAAAUCAUCAGAAAUCUUAACUUUGUGUUUAUUGAUUGACUGCAGUGUUACACUUGAGAUGUUAUUCAUGACAUUAAAGCCAUAAAAACUCAAUUCAGAUCAAUGAAAUCAACUGAUGUAAUCUCUUAAAGAUCUGCUAGGAUUAAUCUUUGUGUUGAUUUAUAGUAUUGUUCAUUAAUAAAAAUCU